AUGUAUCAUGGUCAAAGUAAUUAUAGCGACUAUAUCAACGGAAAUUACAGUGGCGUUCCAAUAUCAGAAGUAGAGCAGACAUUACGUGCUGCAGCAUAUACUUUUACUGCACUAACAGGCUUAAUUGGUAAUACAAUCGUCUUGAUCAUAUUUUAUCAAAGCCCUAGCCUUCGUGUACCAGUCAACUAUCACUUAAUAAAUAUUGCCAUUGUUGAUAUUAUUACAUGCUUAUCUCGUCAAAUAUUUAAUAUUAUCGGUGUAGUUACGAAUGGUUGGCCAUAUGGUAAAGACUGGUGUGAUAUUAAUGGUUUUAUGCAAACAUUAUGUUAUUUAUUAACGGUUAUGUCACUCUUGGCCAUUGCAGUUUCUCGUUACAUGGUUAUUGUGCAUAGACGCUCUGUCAGUCAUAAGCAAGUUUGUAUCACGAUAAUUAUCAUCUGGAUCUAUUCACUUGUUCAUUCCUUGUUGCCAAUUAUAAAGUGGAAUCGAUAUUUCUAUCAUAAGAAAGAAUUUGCUUGCGUUCCAGAUUACAAGUAUGAACUUACAUAUCCUUUAUUUUGCGUUAUAGCUGACUUUUUAAUACCGCAAAUAAUUAUUAACUAUUGUUAUCUAAAAAUUUACUUGAUUGCAAGAAAUAAUAGCUUAAAAGUAUUUAAUAAAUCAGCACGACUGGAUAAGAUUCGCUACAAUGUCAAGUUAACUCGAAAUAUGUUUUACGUCUUUCUUGCUUUUUUAAUCUGUUAUAUACCUUAUAGUAUAUCGAUGUUAUUUAUUUCACCCUUUGGAAUUGAAUUUCCAGCCUGGUAUAUUUGGUUUUGCGGUUGGUUAGUUAAUUUAAAUAGCUCUAUCAAUCCGAUAUUAUAUUACUUUAUUUUUCGACGCUUUCGCCAAUUAUAUAUUGCAAUGUUAUGCAAAUGUAAUUGCAAGAUUGCACCCGAAGUUAGCCUGCGAUAA